UUUAAUUCUCUUAAAGUUCGGUUCGGCGUAAAUUAAUUUAUUUUUCAUAACAUCUGCGCUGGCGUAUGAAAUUUUUUAUUUUAAUUUUAAAACGAGUUUUUUUCGAAAAAAAAAAAUAAAAAUUUUAUUUAAUUCUUUUAUUUUUAAUAUUAAAUUAAAUAAAUAAAUACAAAGAUAACAAUUAAAAAUGAUAAUGACAAAUAAUCGAUCUACACUCCGAUACUUUUACUAUGCAUUUAUUUUAGUGAUACUUGGUUUCUUUUUUGGUACUGCCUAUGUAGCAGUUGAUCUCUUAAGCUUCUAUAUAAAAUACAUUCAACUUUUAUAUGGUUCUGUUACAGCACUUUUAUUAGGUGGUUUUGCUAUAUUUGCUGCAGUUUUAUCUUUGGUUGUAGCUACAUUCGGUUGCAUUGGAAUUCAAAGAUUAAGUGGUCAAACUAUUGUAUUAUAUUCAAUUGCAUUAAUAAUAUCAAUGUUUGUUAAUACUGGCCUUACUAUAGCAUCCUUCAGUUUAGAAAACUCAGAAAGAUCAGCACAUCUAAGAUCUAUGUCCAGUACUAUUGUACUAUAUGAUGAAUUAUUUAUUAAUGAUGUUCGAAAUGCAUGGGAUAGCGUUCAAAAUACAUAUAACUGUUGUGGUGCUACCGGUCCUUCAGAUUGGGAUAUAAUUUAUUAUUCAGAAAAAUUACCACAAAGUUGCUGUACAAGUAAUUUUGCUAAUUGUAAACCAUCAUCAGUUUAUGUAAAAUUUAAUGGUUGCUUUGAACCACUCAUGGAACAUUUGGAAAGUAAAAUUCAUACAAUGGCAGCAAUAUCAUUGGCCUUUACAAUUUUCCAUAUACCGGGACUUGCGAUUGCUUAUUUUGCUAACAGAUUGGCACGCAAGAAUGCAUUAUAAGUUUAUGUUGCCUGGAAUUUGUAAUAUAUGUAUAAAUUGUAAACAUGAGAAAAAACAACUUUUACAAAAUAUUAAUAAAGACUGUAUGAUUUUAAUUUAAUUAAAUUAAAUAACCUAUUUAAUUUAAGAGAUUAAAA